CACUUCCUGCGGACGAAGUGAGUGACUUCAUACUUCAUCCUGGGAUUUAGGGUAAGUGCAGGGCGUUGUCGGCUCUGUGCGGCUGUCAGAACUUCGUCUGAAAGAAAACUUUCAUCGUUGCCUUCGGCUUGCCAGAACCAUGUCGAGUCGCAAGACCAAAGGCAGGGGCCCCACGAAGAAGCGGGCUCAGCGAGCCACGUCGAAUGUGUUCGCGAUGUUCGAUCAAGCUCAGAUCCAGGAGUUCAAAGAAGCGUUUAACAUGAUCGACCAGAACAGAGACGGCUUCAUCGACAAGGAGGAUCUGCACGACAUGUUGGCCUCGCUGGGCAAGGACCCAGCGGAUCCGUACUUGGACAGCAUGAUGAACGAGGCUCCGGGCCCAAUUAAUUUCACAAUGUUCCUGACCCUCUUCGGGGAGCGGCUGCAGGGCACGGACCCCGAGGACGUGAUCAAGAAUGCUUUCGCUUGCUUCGACGAAGAGAAUGUCGGCCGCAUACACGAGGAACGGCUUCGCGAGCUCCUGACCAGCAUGGGAGACCGUUUCACUGACGAGGAUGUUGACGAAAUGUUCCGUGAAGCACCUAUAGACAAAAACGGAAUGUUCAAUUAUUUGGAAUUCACACGCAUCUUGAAACAUGGUGCCAAAGAGAAUGAUGAUCAGUGAAUGCAUAUGUCAUAUUUUUGUAUCUUUUUAUAUUGAAUAAAGAAAGCGCUCCUUAUUGUUCCUUUUUCA